CAGUUCAGUCGCCAGUUCUCUGAAUGAUUGCGCGUAUCUAUGGCCAAGCCGUCGGCUGUGUUGGCGUGUGUCGUCGUCGUCCUGUCCGUUGCACUAUUCGCUAUCUUGGCCACCGGUCUUGGCAUUUACCUGGGAAGAUACAAAGAUGACAAGGCCAACAAGGACCUCGACGUAUUUUCCGCGUUGGGGUUGGAUGGGUACUUUAUGCCACUUCUUGGCAUCCCAGUAAGUGACGUGCUUCUCUAAACUCGUCGUUUGUCACGUGCUGGUCACACCAGACAUGCAUUUCCGGGUUUGCGACUUAUUUCCGUUGUCUAGCUGCUACUCCUUUCUCUCGUCACGCUCUGUUGCGUCGCACCCGCAGAUCCGAGCAAAAAGGGUCGCACUUGUCUCGGAUUAUUUUGGUUUCUAACCGCUCUCGUUUCAUCUGCCGCCGUUCUGGUCAGCCUUCUCGGAUUUCUCCUCAACAGGCUACUCAACGCCGUGUACGACGCUUGCAAAGACGACACGCCAACGCCUUCCGUUCGCUCGCCAGACUGUGAUGAAAUCAUCAACGUCGGUCGAUACCUAUCUAUAGCGACAGCUGUUAUAUGCGCCAUUGUGGCCGUCUGCGCUGUGGUUCUGUGCUGCUUUGGCUGCUGCUUCCAAGAAGUCGAUGAAGAUGACCUCGAAUCGUCAGUUCGGGUGAUCUAAUGCGGAGAUGGGUCACGUGAUGCGCGCAUUUCCUGUCCGACGGGCUGUAGAGACCGUACAGAACGAGUUUCGACCAACAGUUAUGUAAUGUAAAAGUGUUAGAUAUAAUUUUCACGGAUGUGUAGGUUACGAGAGUUUGUAAUGCGAAUAGAAUUGCAUUUGAAUGAAACCAAACCGGUCAAGGCCUGCGCGCUCCGGAGGUGCACCGCCCACGCAUUGCGUACAUGUAAAUAACCACACCCGGAAGACCGACGUCAUAUUAGACAUCGCCGCGAGUGAUUGGCCGCAUUAAGGGUUCAAGUUGCAACAGGGGACAACCCCCGUAUUUCCGUAGUCGCCAUAUUGGCGAAGCGUCACACACAUGCUCUUCCAGUCGAUGGAUUAGCAUCGUGUCCACUCAUUUGUCCGUUUCAGGACACGUCUCUCGACAUCAUCUGUCGCAUCUAAACCGUCAACUUGACGCUCCUACAAUGCAGGCCCCCCAAUGGACCGACUUCCUACAAUGUCCAAUCUGUCUCCAAGACUUCAACGACGUCCUACGUCUACCCGUGAGCCUAGCGUGCGGCCACACCGUCUGCAAAUCGUGCCUUAGCAAUCUCCAACGACGUCAAUGCCAAUUUUGCAGCUCUCCAAUCACUACAGACAUCGAAAAACUUCCCGUCAACGACGCGCUGUUGCUUCUCACCAGCGGUGGUUCCACACUCCAACCUUCCCCUCUCCCGUAUGACGUUCUAGACGACGAGAAACGUGACUAUCUCGACGCCAAGCGAGCCAUCGAGAGUCUCGCUCUCCUCCUCAAGCCGCUCAGCAUCCUCGGAACCGUCGGCAGCACGAAUAACGGCACUCUGAGUCGCCCGAUGCAGCGAAAACUCGUCACACUCAUCAACUGUCAACUCAUCGAGGCAGAGGGACGAGCGCGGGCGAUGCGAGCCGCUCGUUCUCUCGGCGAACGCACUGUGACGGAGCUUCUAUUACAUCAUCAAAACCAACAACAACUCUCGUCUAAUCUGUGGGCAGCGGUGCGUCAGCGUGGCUGUCAGUUUCUCGGACCGGCACUGCAAGAGGAGUGUCUGCGUCUCAUACUCUUCUCUCUCGAAGGCGGGGUCCAGUUGUCUCGCAAGGUGCUCGUCAAGUUUGUAGUCUCGCGGCUGCAGGAGAAGGAGUAUCAUCAGGCGUCGAAGACGAGCGUUGGACACGUCGUGCAGUUGUUGUAUCGCGCAUCGUGCUUCAAGGUGACGAAGCGUGACGACGAGUCGUCGCUUAUGGAGUUGAAGGAGGAGUUUCAGAGUUACGAGGCUUUGAGGAGAGAGCAUGACUCGCAGAUCGUUCAGAUUGCGAUGGAGGCCGGAUUGAGGAUCGCACCCGAUCAGUGGUCGUCGCUUCUGUAUGGAGACACGAAUCAUAAGUCGCACAUGCAGUCGAUAAUCGACAAGCUACAAACACCAGAGUCAUUCAGUCACAGCAUCGACGAAUUAGUCAUUGCAUUGACUCGAUCCAGCGAUCCUUUCCAUCUUGGAGAUCUUCGAGACCAUUUUGAAUUUCUCUCAAAUCUAAACGCAUCUUCCGAAAUACUAAGUGUAGACUGGGAAACUUGCAGCAAAGGAAUGCAAGCGGUUGAGGCCGUUGUGCAAGGUCUCGUUCGCUUCGUGCAGGCGAACCAAAAGAGUAAGAGCAGCGAGUUUCAGCAGGCGUACAACAGCAAGUACAAGACGAGCAUGUGCAAGGACAUGCAGACGCGAGGAAGUUGCCCGAGGGGUGCGACGUGCUCGUUUGCACAUUCUGAAGAUGAAAUGGAAAGGUUUCGACGAAGUUCGCGAAAUCGAGGCCGUCCGCUUCCCGCUCGAGUACCCGGCCAGCCGUUGCAGCCUCCGCCGGUCGCUAACAUGCAAUCGUCUCUCAGUCACUUCUCUCAGUCAGCCGGAAUGUCCAUCGCUCCUCCACAAUCUCAAUUUCCGUCGACAUUCCCGGGACCUCACGGUCCUGUCCAUCACAUUUCCAACUACAUUCCGUACGCUCAGUCUCCUCAACCGGCGACAUCGCAGCCCAUGUUGCAGUCGCUGACGCCGAAGCAAUCGGUCAGCCGCCACUAUUCUCAGGAGAUGAUGACGGGGAUGGCGGUGCCGCCGUCUGGUCCGUACAGCACACCGCCGACCGCACGAAUGGGCUUACAUUCGUAUGGGCAACAACAUCCGGGAUCGAACAAGUCGUACAGCAUGCCGCAGAUGGGCGGUCAAUACGUACGCGGAGGGUAUCCGCCGGCGAGUCAGUUUGGUGGUCGACCGGUUGACUUCCAUUCGAGCAGCCACGGGAGCAUGGACGGCCUGUAUUCGGACGUGAAACACAGCAACACGAUAUACAGGGACCAGAUGACGCCGCGAGCUCCGAUUCUCGUCAAUCGCGGUGCGCACAGCGGCGGUAACGGACCCCCCUCGUUCGGUCACUUCUCGACCGAAUAUUCGUAUUACGGCCGGAGACCUCCCGGUCCGAGUUACGCAUCGAUGAGUUCGGGGAGCUUCGACGGUAUGCCAUACGGAUCAGGAUUGAGUAACAGUGUGUCGUAUGGUUCAGAUGUCGACUUUGGUGAGUACGGAUCGCAUCAGUCGUUUUCCGACCCGCACGUUGGAAAGCCGAGUUUGCACCAAACGCAUCACGAGGAUACCGCAUAUCGACCGCCAUCGUAUAGUCACCAAUUAUUACAGAGUGUCACUCAAAGCAGCAUAGUGAGACCGGUGAGACCGCCACAAUGGAGCAGCCGUGAGAGUUACCCGUCGCACGAAUCGGCGAUUCCGUCCGAUCAGUUUGGGUAUGGCGAUAUGGUUUAUGGAGCCGGUAAUCAUCAGCAAGGCUACGGGCAGCAGAACGCUGACAUACAAGGCGAACCGCAGUCAUCGACGAGUUACAGAACGUUUGCAUUGAAGGAAGAGAGCAAACCGGCUGCGAGCGAGUAUGAGUUGAAGUGGAGCGUCAAUUCUGGGAUCGAUCACAGCAGUGGGAGUGCGUCACCGGAAUCAGAGUACGUGACGACGUACAGAAGUAGGCAACGCCAGUCGGUCACGAUGCAGCCGCCGGAGAAAGAAACCGUUUUGGAGCAAAAGCUGACGACCGAUCCGUUCAAUAUGCCGACGUCGCCGGCGAGCGCAUACUCGUUCUCACCAGUUGUCGGCACGCCGACCAACAUGAAGUCAGCGAACGUUCGCGAGCGGGACGUGCAGUCGCCAUCGACAUCGGAGAGCAACGGCUCGUUGUUUGUCGACGAGAAAGUGAGACGGAAGUCGCCUCUCGCAUCGAUGUGGGACGACAACGGCAGCUCCGUUUCUUGUCUACACAAAUCGCCGUGGUCGAACGACACCGAACCAACGACGUCAACGACAGACACUCAGUGGCAGCCAUCCGUCGUUGCGAAUGCGUGGUUCAACAUCGGAACACAAGCGGAGACUAAGAAAGGCACAACCGGUGGCUCGGAGUUGGACCGCAAGCGCGAAGAACUCAAACAUCUGGAAGAAGAGCUGCUGAAACGCGAGGCGAUGCUCCGCGAGAAGGAGACGGCAUUAGCCAAACAUGAGCGAAAGAUCAGCUCGCCGAAGCCGCCCGACACGAGCGACGAUCUCGAGAUCGUCCGCAACAUACAACGACAACUGAACGCAGAGGAGCUGAUGGAAAAGCAGAGCGCAGCAGGAAGUCAAUUGAACGACGAGCAACUGGCGUGGGACGUCCAACGACUCGAAAUCGGCGGUGACGACGUCUCGCUCUCGUGUGGUAUCACCGACUCCGCCCUGCGGAGGAAAUCACUACCAAGCGCCGUGUAUAAUUCACUUCCGGUGAAAGACGUGGAGAACGACCACGAGCACGAAUCGCUGUGGAAGGACGAGGCGACGAGCGAGAGUGUCAAGAGCACGUACGACGUCGCACAGAAAGAUAUCACCGACUUGGUGCCACGCACACCGGCCAGAGAGUCGACCAUCCAGUAGCGAUGAUAACGUACUUCAUGUCGGAGCAUCAUCAUUCGGAAACAUUUUCACACACAAAUUUGUUGUCCAUAUAUGAUCAAGGUAUAAUAGCUGUCUCUCAGCACAGAGCUUCGAUGCUUGUGGCAUGUCUAAUUCUUCCUAUUGAUAUUAAUGUUGUCUAAUUGAGUCUCCUUUUUCUCACUUUCCACACUAAGCUUGGCUGUUGCAGCUUGUUAUUUACAAGGAUUUUAUUAUUAGUAGGCCUUCAAAAGGGAUAAAAUGCUGAUCUUUUUUCUUGUAGUAUUUCUUGUCGUCAGUGACUCGGCUGCUUUUGUGGCUGUGUGUAUUCUGUAGUAUAUAGCAGUUGACAAUUUGCUGUUUAUUGUGCUAGCUGGCUGUACGCCUUUUAUUGUCACGAUCACUUGACUUCUUGUGGGGUCACAAUUGUAGAUCAAUAAAUGUUGCAAUAAUCAACA